AUGUUUAAGAAAGAUCUGCCGGGUGCUCCCAAGCAAAAGCUCAAGUCCUCGGUGCAGCGCUCCCUGCGCCAGUCCCUCCUGACGACCUACCCGCUCCUGAACCCGUACAUCGACGAGGUCCUGCCCAAGAAGGCCUCCCUGAACCAGAUCAAGCUGCCCGAGCGGGCGUCCCUGUACGUCGCCGACGGCGAGCCCAUCUUCUUCCAGCACGACAACGACACCCUCCUGCCGCACCUGAAGCUCGUCCACCGCUUCCCCCAGGCCUUCCCCACCGUGCGCAUAGACCGCGGUGCCAUCCGCUUCGUCCUCAGCGGCGCGACGCUCAUGGCCCCCGGUCUGACCAGCCCCGGCGGGCGGUUACCGCAGCCCAGGGAGGGGGACGAGGGCGUCGACGAGGAGGGGCACUGGAGCAGGGAGCUUGAGAAGGACGAGCCUGUGGUCGUCAUGGCUGAGGGGAAGGAUCACGCUUGCGCCGUGGGACUGCUGGUGGCUGGGACCAAGGAGGUCAAGGACAAGGGGAAGGGCCCUGUGGUUGAGGAGGCGCACUUCCUUGGGGAUGGACUGUGGAAACUGAAUAUUGAUUGA